AAAAAAUAUAUUUUUAUUUUAUUACACAUAAUAUUAUACGUACCUAUAAGAUACACCUAUGUCGAAGUAUCGAAAAGUUCUGAAAAUUCGUAUAAUCAGAGAAAAAGUAUGACCUACAUCGUGAUUUCAUCAAAUCUUACCCUUCUAUUUACUUAUAUUAUAUUGUAGGUAGUAUCUUUAUCCUAUCACAUUACAAAUGUUUAAUUAAUUAUUUGGUAUCCACAAUCCUCUUAUACGCCAGCUUACUCGAGUAAGAAAUGUCUUGGGUGAUAUAACAUCGAAAAUGCAGAUUAGUUACAUUAAUAUAUAUUAAUUAAUUUAUUAUUAUACUAUAAUAUUUGUAGACAUUCUCAUUCUUAUGUUAUCUUAAAUAUAGCCACUAUCACUACAGAUUUUUUUUUUUAUUUCAAGCAUGUGCGCAUUAUUCUUACUAACUUGUAAAUAAAAUUCAACCGAAAUUGUAAAUUGUUGAUUCAGGUUUUAGUUAUUGUUAAUGAAGAGUCAUCAAUGAUGUGAUAGCUUUCCAAAAUAUUUGAGAACGAUAAAUCAUCUGUUAAGUGACAAUGGACGACCUUGCAGGAUUUUUACGAAGAGUUAAGUUCGAAGGGGUAGGAAAUGAUUACGUCCAAGUCAGUAACCCGGGCGUGUGUUAUUGAUGGGAGAGGGCGGGCGGGGUCGGUCGGAGGGAUGGGUCAGGAGGGGCGCGCAGCCGCGACACUGCGCCCUCAGCCUCCAGCCAUGGCGGACGCUCCGCCCGAGGUCCUCGAGCUCAACGUCGGCGGCGUGCACUACGCCACUACUCGCGAAACGCUGUUGCUCGAGCCGGACUCGCUGCCGGCCGCCGCGCUCAACGAUCCCGACCAUCCGAGAGACGCUCGGGGUAGAAUCUUCUUCGACCGCGACGGCGUCCUCUUCCGCUAUGUAUUAGAUUAUCUCCGAGACGGCGGCCUCGUCCUCCCGGAGUGCUUCCGCGAGCAUAAGCGGCUCGCGCGGGAAGCAAAGCAUUACAGACUGCUGGGGCUCGAGAACGCCGUCAGAGAAGCCGAUCCUCGUCCACCGAACCGCGAGCGCGGCUGUAUCACGGUCGGUUACCGCGGGAGUUUUGCUUUUGGACGCGACGGCCUCGCUGAUGUCAAGUUCCGCAAGCUGUCGAGGAUCUUAGUCUGCGGAAAGGUGACCCUAUGCCGCGACGUUUUCGGAGAGACGCUGAACGAGUCUCGGGACCCAGAUCACGGGCUGGCGGAUAGAUACACAUCUCGCUUUUUCCUGAAGCACUCAUUCAUAGAGCAAGCCUUCGACAUGCUUCAAGAGCAGGGCUUCAAACUGACGGCUAGCUGUGGCAGCGGAACGGCGGGAGGUGCAGCCGAGCUGAAACCAGGUGUAGACUCCGAGGAAAACCGCUGGAACCACUACAACGAAUUCGUAUUCGUGCGCGAAUAAUAUCUCCUUGGAUUGUGAUACUGAUACAGCUUGUGGCUUGACGGCUUCAGUCACCGAUCGUGGCGGGUGAAAGGUUUCGUUUGGCGGAAGGUAAAUCGACUUGAUAGUUAAGUCUCGUUUUCUGUUACUUAUACCUAUCAUUUAAGAAUUUUCUUACGGAAAUGUGUUCCUGAUCUUAUGCUCUAAUCAUCUGAUUUAUUUCGUUUAGAAUAUAACAUUUACAAAGUUUAAGUAUAUUUUGAAUAAUAUAAAAUUCUAUUUUAGAUUCAACAUUAUAAAAAAUAAUUUAUAAAAUAAAAUAGUAUUAUUAAAAAAUGUUCUACAUAGAUUUAGAUGUGUAGAUAAAGCGAACUUAACUGUAUUCAUGUUAUAAAUAAUUAAAUAAAAUUAUUGUAUUUAAUAUAUUAGGUACAUGUAUAAAUAACGUAUGUAGAUGUUACUCCCCUUUUAGAAACGAUAUGUAUUGUAACAAACCUAUUUCUAAUGUAUUAUCUAUUUUAUAAAUAAUUUUAUUGAUGACGUAAAAUGUAUUUUGGAAUUGCAAAAAAAUUUUCAAAUAAACUAUCUCAUUCCUAUUUCACAUGGAAGCUUUUGUAUCUUAACACCUGAUGUUACUUAGAAACUAUAAACUAUGUGCCACUCUUACGUAACUAUUUACUUAUAUAUUUAUUUAAAUAUUUAAUUAUAAAGCGCGAACUAAUAGUACCUGUUAUAGUAAAGUGCUGGAAAUACUGCCGUAGUUUAGGAAGUAAUGUAAAAGUUUUCUAAACACAUCUUGAUGACUCGGUAAACAAAAGAAUAGACGGGAAAGUUUGGGGGAAACGGUUCCUUAAACACUUUCAUCUGUAGCCGAGAUCUGUUUCAAAGUUCACUCUUAUACUUACAUAUUUUGCGUUUGUCCUAACUUUUUUUGCAGAUGAGUCCAGACGAAUUUAAUGAUCUUAGCCAUAUCACUAGUAUAUUAGUAUCAUAUAUAUACAUAUGUACACCCCGUUAAUUUAAAAAAAAAAUGUUGGCCAAAUUUCUGUCUCUGUAGGCGGAUAAGUAGGAAGUAGUCAUCUAUUAAUUAUUUAGGUAUAGUUAAAUGAAGAUUGUUAUUAUAAAAUAUUUUAAAAGUCAUUAGAAUUCAACUAUUAAUGAUUUUAGGAUUGUUUGGGAUAAAUAGGCCAUGAUUUCGCGUGUUUAGUACCACGUAAUGUGAACUUAAUUAUUACACAGAGUAUAGACAAUGCUGAACAAACUUAAACACGGCCUCGCUAAGGCUUAUCACGCAAACUUUGCCGAAAUUAAUGGCAAAACGGCGGGUAUUAGCCCUCCAUCUACGGAUGACAGUUUGAACUUUACACAGAUAAUGAAUAAAACAAAAAAAAGGUUUUAUAUUUUUAAAUUUAUUUGAAUAAAAAACUAUUUUAUUCUGUGGUCAGUGUCAAGACUUUGUUUGUAAUAUAAUAUUAUUUUUAAUUUGUUUUAUCUGUAUUUAAUAUAUAGAUAUGUAUAUUUAAUUUAUACUAACAGUUACCGCACAUAAAAAUAUGAAGUGUUUUUUUCUUUAUUUAAAUUAAUUGGUGUAUUAACAGAAAUAAAAAUGCAAAAAUAACGAAUAUGUACUUUAUAUUAUUUACGUGGCACAUUAUGUAAGCAUUUCAGAUUUAAUACCUUAGAGUUUGGGAUUAGUGGAAUAAAUAAAUUUAUUUGAAAUG